GUGUAUGUUGCCUUCAGUAUCGUGGGUCUCUCGUAUCAAAUCUUGUCCUCGUAUGCUUAAUAGAUCGGCCAGUCCACUGAUAUUUUUAGCCAGCGGCUAUUACAGCGAGCUAUUUCUACUUCUGUCCCAAACACUUCAAACUCUGUCAUUUUGAAACAGAAUUCCCCAUUUGCUUUGUAACUAACUUUCCGACGGGUUGUAAAUCUUAUCAGCGGGCGGACUCUCUGGAGAAUUUUUAAACAAAUUUAGGAAAUUGAAUCGUGACUUAUAAAGAUUUGUCACAAUUAUCCGAUGGACAGCAAUUUUUCUAUUUCAGAUAGAGCGGUUCCUAUGUGAAAGUUCAGAGGCGUUCUUUUUGCGAAGGUGACAAACAACAGGCCGUGGCAUAUAUCAGGCAGAAAGGAUCGUCAGGAUGGGAUUCAGAUCUAAGUGUAGCUUGCUAGCGUUAGCUAGCAGCGAUGGACGGCAGUAGGUUCCGAAACUGGGGCCCUAGGAGAAAUUUAAAUCUGGAAGAAUCUGAAUACAACGAAGUGAUACAGAUGAGGAGAUAUUACACGUGUUCUGUGUUCAUUAUGGUUACUACUGCCCUGCUCGUCGUAAUACUGUGCGUGUGCUCCACAGACUCCAAGGAGCCCGGCUCCUCAUCCCGCAACCCCCCCUUGAACUGCCCCGAUGGCACAGUACCCUGUGACACGUCUGACGUGUGCGUCAACCGCACCAAGAUCUGCGAUCACGUCGACGAUUGUCCGGACAAAUCUGAUGAGCAGUCAAAAUGCGAUGAAUACCACAAUCAGUAUUUUCAAACAUUGUAUGAGAAACGACCGGAAGCUGACAGGAAGGAAGAAUCCCGUGAAUGUGUGUUAUCCCCUAUCCCUAAACAAUGUGAGUGCAAGAGUAAGACUCACCUAUACUGCGAGAACCAGCAGUUACGUCAAGUGCCCAGACAAAUACCGUGGAGGGUGACCGAACUUGGCAUUAGCGGGAAUAAAAUCCCAUCGGUCACAGUGAAAGACUUCCGAAACUUGACGGAGCUAAUCGAACUGUUGUUCAAGUACUCAUCUCUGCAGCACAUCAGGAAUGGAACGUUCAGACAUUGUCGUAAACUGACCGCAGUACACCUGGUUGGAAACAAACUGAAGACGUUUUCUUCGCAAAUAUUUGCUCGAGAAAACCGACUGCGAAACAUAACAUUGAGCCAGAAUCAGAUAUCUGUACUCGGAGAGUUUGAUCUUCGAUAUUUGGACCACCUCUAUAAAUUAAAUCUUGCAAGAAAUGAAAUCAGCUUGAUAGAAAGCGGUGCCUUUUCAUGGACACCCCAGCUACAGGAUCUAGACCUGAGCGGCAAUAAACUAGUGGAAAUCCGGCCGUCAUUUUUUGACCAACUCAACAACCUUCACAGGCUUAUGCUGUCCUAUAACAACAUCGAGUAUAUUGAAGCUGGUUCGUUUGCAGGCAUGAAAGAACUAAACAUACUGAGCCUGUCGCAUAACAAGAUACAAGUUCUUAAGAAAGGGACGUUUGAUGGCCUGGAGCAACUAACGAUGCUGUUUCUGAUGAGGAAUGACAUAACGACAGUUACCGCCGGGGCAUUCGACCCUCUGUUGUCUCUGCAAUCAGUGGACAUGACCUUAAAUCCGUUCCGGCAGAUACCCAAGGAUACAUUCAAGAAGAUCCACGGACUUAACUUCAUCUACUUUGAAAAGUUUUACAUGUGUGCCUAUGUGCAAGACGUGGUGUGUACUCCUGACGGGGACGGCAUAUCCAGCAAGGACAACCUUCUUGAGAACGUCGUGCUGAGGAUAAGUGUCUGGGUGGUGGCAGUCCUUGCUUGUGCUGGAAACAUCGUGGUGCUCCUGGGGCGAUUCCUUCUCAAGGAGGACAACCAGAUUCACUCAUUCUUCAUAAAGAACCUGUCUCUGGCCGACAUGCUGAUGGGCAUUUACCUGCUGAUCAUAGGUUCCCGGGAUAAGAUGUACAGGGGAGUAUACAUGUUCCAUGAUGAAGACUGGAGGAACAGCUGGGAGUGCAACGUCUCUGGAAUACUGUCUACGGUCAGCAGUGAGAUGUCUGUGAUGACCCUGACUCUGAUCACAAUGGACCGGUACAUGAGUAUCAUGUACCCGUUGUCCUUUAGGAAGCGUGGUUUGAAGGUGGCAUACCUUGCCAUGGGGAGUUUGUGGACCUUGGCCAUUCUUAUGGGAGUUAUACCUGUUCUUGGAUUAGACUACUUUGGAAAGUCGUUUUAUAGUGAUAAUGCUGUGUGCAUUCCGUUACAUUUACACGAUCCCCACGUGAAAGGCUGGGAAUAUUCGGCCAUUCUUAUUCUCGGGGUGAACUCAGUGUCCUUUGCCUUCAUCAGCUAUGCCUACGCUGCUAUGUUUCUAUCCAUACAGAGGACAGCUGUUCCUCUCCGGACUACGAGAGAAAGCAGAGACAGGUGUUUGGUCAAGAGGUUCUUUUUUAUUGUUAUUACAGACUUUGCCUGCUGGGUGCCGAUUAUUAUCAUCAAAAUACUUGCUCUUUCCGGUGUCAAGAUCAGCGGUGACCUGUAUGCGUGGGUGGUUGUGUUUGUGCUGCCAGUGAACAGCGCCCUCAACCCGCUCCUGUACACCAUCACCACCAAGCUGUUCAAGCAGAAACUGUUCUCCAAGUUCUCCUCUGUUGUGUGGAGGCCCCAGGUCAACAAGGAGUCCUCUCAGUCAAUGUCCAGUGCCAGGGCAAACAGGACGUCGGUCAGUCAGCGCAAUGCCCUGAAUGACGUGGAGAUGCAGUGCCUUAGGAAUUAUCGUCAUGCUAAUGGAAGAUUGGCUAGUCAUAAAAAGAAAUCCAUAUUGAAAAAUAAACUUAUCAAGAAAUGUGAAGUAUCGGAGCCUUUAAACGAAGAAGUGAAUGGACAAAUGUCUCCGCGAGACGAACCUACGAAGCAGACAUCUGUGGCGGGGUCACCCCCAUAGUGACUAUUUGUUAAGGUCAAGGAGCUCAAGGUCAGGACUAUCAAGAUUAUGAGAUGUAUCUGUACUUACAGACUUCACAUGAAGGAGUUUGUGAGUCAUGACGAAAGAUUCAGCUAAUAGAAGCUUGAAGUUCCAAAGUCGCAUUAUAUAGCCACGCAAGGCUUCAAAUUCAGCAUGAAUAUUAGUUUGCGUUUUUAUGGAAACUAUUUUUCUUCACAUAUGGCAUUAGAGAGAGAGAGAGAGAGAGUGAGAGAGAGAGGGAAAGUGAGUGAGUGAGUGAGAGAGAGAGAGAGAGAGAGAGAGAGAGAGAGAGAGAGAGAGAGAGAGAGAGAGAGAGAGAUGGACGUAUCUGUAAAUACUAUGUUCUGUAUAUAUGGAGUUACAAAAAAGAAACUCACUAUACUAUCCUGGGUUAUCUAUGUCCUCACGUUGAUUUUUAAAGGAUGUUUCACGGAUAAGCUAGCAUCUUUGAUUUAUCAUUCAUCGUUCAGCUGCUGGUCAAUUUACCAUGAAAGGUCUAUUGAACUGCCAAACUAUACACACGUCCUUCACGUUACAGAAUGAAACCAAAGACCACACUCACAAAGGAGGUAGGAGUAUGGCCAUUUUUGUUUAAAAUUCAGAAAACUUUCUAAUCUCGAGAAGAAAGUUGUCAGACAAGUCCAAAUGGCUGAAACUAAUAUUAUCGUUCUUACGCUUCAUCGUACCUACCUGGCAUGAUCAGGUACAUAAGCAUGGCUAACAUGAGUGACAAAAAAACCCUUCAACUUUAUUAAACAUAUAUAUAUGAGCAAGUGCGUGUCCGUUGAUGAAUAUCAUACCAUAUUUUGCAACUCUUUUAAUCUUCACCUCCUGAGAAAAUAUACCCGUGUCAAAGUCUUGCCCCUGAUCAAAUACGCUUCCUGAAAACCUCUAAUAUAAAUAAUUGACACAUUUUAUCCUUACCUUUCGUAUAAACACAGCCGAUAACUUUCACAAUGAUUUUUAACUUUAACUUUUUAACUUUUAACUUUUCAUUUCUUAAAUUAAUCAUAUCCCAGUGGGACAAAUGGUGCCCUUGCUACUUAUAUAAAGCAAUUUUUUUUUCUCAGAUUCAAGAAGAUGUAAUUCCUGUACGUAUAUGCACGUGACACCAUAUUAUGAGUUAGUAUCAAUUGUACUUUAGGCCAUAUGGCCAUAAUACUGAAUAAACCUGUCUGUCUGUCUUGCUAUAUCUUAAACGUUCCGUUUGAAAUCCCGAUCACCAAAUAAGUAAGGUAAGGUAAGGUAAGGUAAGGUAAGGUAAGGUAAGGUAAGGUAAGGUAAGGUAAGGUAAGGUAAGGUAAGGUAAGGUAAGGUAAGGUAAGGUAAGGUAAGGUAAGGUAAGGUAAGGUAAGUAGUAUCCACAAAACGUUGUUACUUCAGGAUUGUUUUCGGGAUGAGGAUACAGAUAGCUAGAUAGAUAUUGUAUUCGGUAUUUAAGGCCACAUGGCCCAUUGUACAGUUGACAUUUUCAUUUGUUUUUUGGCGUGAUAUACAUGAUAUAUAAAAAAUCUGACAGUGAAUAUAUGUUCAACAAUAUGGCUAUUGAUCGUGUAACAGCAGAGUUGUUGGAUUUUAUUACUGAUCAUUAACAUCUUGUGUUUAUACCUAUUGGUAAACAUCGGAAUAUAUUUUUCUCUAAGAUGUUCAUGUUUAUCACAUACUAAUAAAACCUGAAAUUCAUCCUCAAUCUCUCCUAAUUGUCAGUUUCGUACAGAUACUCAUUUCAACAUCCCUUUUUUCACAUCUACAUGUACGUCUAGAAUUUACAUUGAAAUUGUGUAAUGACCCUCUAAAUUUGCACAAUGCCUUAAGAAGCGAUUUAUCAUCUAACAUACAUACAUACCUCUCUGGUUCUAUAGCAGAUGGGGACACAGUGGGCAUAUGUAAGGAAUCAGCCAAUGAUACAGACAAUAUUACCAUGUGUUAUGUUAUAUCGCUGUCAAUCCGUGUAUCUAGCCAAACCAGUAGAAGCUCAUUAUUCUUAGAUUAUGUCAGUGCGACGUAUGUUUUGCUGACAAAUGACUGUUAAAAUAGUCUUUAACAGCACACUAACGAAGUAAGUUUAAAAAAUAAAGACCACGUUUAAAAAAGUUUUUUUUUAAAUUUUCAUAUUGAUUUUAAUUCGAUUUUUAGGUUAAAUGAAUACAAACAGUUUGCUAAAAUACAUGUUUCAAAUAAUGUCCUCCAGAUUUUCAGUCGAAUGUGGCCAUCAUAAAAAGACUUCACAAGUCAUAAAGAACACUUCCAGCUAUUCCGCCACACUGGAGGCUUUGAUUAUGUGGAAGGUGAGCUGCGUGUAUUUAUUGAUAUUGACAGCUUUUCCCAACGGAGAAGAGCAUGAUUCACCAAUCAUCUCAUCAACCCGCCAAAAACUGAAACCUUUGUAAGACAAUAUUCAUACUAUUAAAUGUUUGAGUAAUUCACUUGCCGAGUGCUAAGCUAAGAAAGAAAAUAUCUAUCGCUGGAACAUUAAAGGGCAACAACACUUCAAUUUUGAAAGUAUUGAAAUAUGGAUGUCUUUUUGCUUCGCGGAUUCAAAAUUUGCUUUUUAUUGGCCCAUAUUCUCGACUGGUGCUCGGCGCUAAUCUGGGGAUUACGUGGCCUAAUAAAAGAUGCACCGGCGAGACGAAUCAGUGGUGGCGUAGUGUUGCCUUUUAAGUGUAUAUUUACUCCACCCGCGUAUUCAGCAUUUACAUUUAAUUUUAUUUUCCAUCGUGUUUGUAUUUUGGGCCUAGGACCUAAAGUACAGAAUAAAUUCUGUCUGUCCGUUUGUCUUAAAUGUUCGGUGCGGUUAACGUGCACGUGGCUUUUUCAAUGUCCUGCUGAUAGGUACCAAGUACAUUGUUGAAUUGAUGACCUUUUGACUGGAUAACAAGUACAUGCACAUGUACCAAUGAAGUUUUCAUUGGCUAAGAAGAAAAUAACCGGCAAAGGUUGGGGAUGCAUUAUAACAGCAUCAGAGAGCACAAAUAUUGCCUCAUCACUUCAUGGAAAUUGUUAUCCAUCUACCAUUUCAUAAGUCAUAUUUCCAUUUCUUUCUUAUAUACCUCAAAUAUGUAUUAUUGUUAUGUUGCAAAAUAAACACUUUUAUUA